AGCUUUGAACGCUUCAAAUCAAAGCACAGCACCGCCAUGAACCGAAUGGUACAAUGUUCCCUUUUUCCACUCUUUAAGCAUCAGCUGCCAUUAGCAUCGCUGUGUCAAAGCCGGUUUGGAGCUCAUGGACGCUUCAGUACUCAAGUAACUGAAAUAUUUCGAGAUCAUGUGGGGAUGUCAUCAAAUAGGAACUCUGUUUAUCAAUUAAGAACUUUUUGCACUGAUAAAGGUGCGUGAUGACCUUAAACAUUUUAUAUUUUUUGCUGGAUAAAAGCUGCCAACAACUUGAUUUCAGUAUAUUUUGAAUAAGCUCCACCUUUGCUUUUGUAGUUAGGAUAGAGAUGCAAAUUGAUUUAAUGUUUGUGCACCAUCAUGAGAGUUUGCUAAUGUAUGGUUGGGAUUGAAUUGACAAGGUGAGGCAAUUGAUAAAAUCUAUCAUUUAUUCAAAAUGUGCUUUGCAGGAUCUGUACCAUUCAUCAAGGAUAUAAACUUGUUGCAAACUUUGAUGAAUGGUUAUUACUGUGUGCUCACCGAUAGGUUGUUUCUCUAUACAAUAUUGGCCGGGUUAUAAGUUAUGCAAGAAAAUUCCUAUGAGAAUGGAUUAUUAAUGAUUAUAUUGUUGGCUAAAAUGGUUUCCUGGCCAUGUUAGAUUUGUCAGCUAAGAAAUGUGUGCCAUGCAACUCAAAGGACACGCGACCCAUGACCGAACAAAGUGCAAAUGAACUAAUUACACAGGUAGCUGGAUGGAAUUUGAUAAAUGAAGGUGGAAUGUUAAAGUUAAAGAGGUCAUGGAAAGUGAAGAGUUUCAUGAAAGGUCUGGAGUUGUUCAAGCUUGUAGCUGAUGUUGCUGAAGCAGAAGGUCAUCACCCAGAUCUGCAUCUUGUUGGAUGGAACAAUGUAACAAUUGAGAUAUGGACUCAUGCAGUAGGUGGGUUGACAGAAAAUGAUUUCAUACUUGCUGCUAAGAUCAACGGGCUUGACUUCCACCACCUCUUGAGAAAGAAGACUACUGCUUUUUAGCUUCGAAUUGAUGUCACAAUCUCUAUUAUGGUUAUCACCAAACUCUAUACUGUACUGAACAAAGGUGUCUUUGCUGUGUUAAAACUCCAGAGAGUGGGAGUACCCAAGUUUGCUUAUUUGCCAACCGAAGAUAUGAGAUAAAAUGGAAAAAAGAUUUCCUUCAAUGUUUCUACAAAGAUGGUGCAUUUCAAUUAGAUAUGUUUUCCGAGAUGUUGCUUUAACAGCAUUUGUUUCUUAGUUUCGAUUACAAUUUUGUUACUGCAGUAAACUUUUCAUCACAUAAUCAUUUCUUCAGUGAAAAAGAGAAAAAGAAAAACAGAACUAGGACAUGGAAAUGAAGAACAGAGGAAUCAGAACAAAAGCCAUUUGGAUUUGUAGUAUGGUAGGUAUGUAUCAUAGAUCAGAUGCAGCAUUUGUACAUGUAGUGGCACUCGCUCUGUAUGAAGGAAACCUGUGUCCUGCUGUGUCACCCACUUGAAUUAAAAAUCCUAGUAGUGUGCAGGAACAUUUGUCAGUGCAACAGGGAAGCAGUAGCAGAAUCCUAAGUUCGUAGGUUACAGGAAAAGAAAAAGAAUUUGAAUAUGCAGAAGAUGUGCAUGCAGAAACCACUCAGUUUUAAUAAAAUUUUCUCAUUGUA